AUGGAUACCCAUACAGAGUCACCACCAUGCCGCUGUGAAUUUGUGUACGAUUGGUUAGAGAAACACCAGCCAUAUUUUGACAAUCCUGAAUUAACAUACAAUCUUAACCUCGACUGUCCACAACUAGUGUUGGAUUCGGGAGCACAACCUGCAGCUGUUACGCAUUGUGGACCUACAAGGAAGAGGAGAGAGAAGCACUCGAAAUAUAAAUCAACACCCUUAUUUUACAAACCUAAACUGUUUACAAAAGAACCAGAAUAUUCUGAAGAAGAAUUAGAAUAUUCUGAUUCCUCUUCGGAAUAUUCCGAGGAGUCAGAAUCCUCUGAAAAAGAGACAGUAUCCUCUAAAGAAAAGUCGGAACCUUCAGAAGUAGAGACAAUGUCGUCAGAAGAAAAAUCAAAGGGGUCCGAAGUAAAAUCAAAGUCUUCUGAAGAAGAUAAUCGAUUUUUUAAAGUUGACCUACAAGGUUUUGAACAAGAAACCAUAGAUUUUGAAGAGCAGGCCCCAUACUUUGGAGAAGAAAUAGAAACAGCUGAAGAACAAUACCCAUUUUUGGAAAUAGGGACAACAUACGUAGGACAACAGCCCCAAUAUUUGGAUCCUGGACCGGCCUACUUAGAUCAACAACCCGAAUAUUUGGGAUUAGGUCAACCACAUUUUGAACAGCAGACCCAAAAUUGGGAACCUUACUAUGAACAACAAAUCCCAUAUUUGGGCCCAGAUCAAGAAUAUUAUCAAGAAUCACCUGAACCACUAGACCAAACUGGGCAUUUUGAACAACAGAUCCCAUAUAAUACGGAACCAGUGGAAUACUAUGGACAACAGACCACAUAUUACACGCCAGUGCCGCCGUAUUAUACACUUAUACCAUUUUAUUAUGGGCCCACCGACUUCCAAGGUGGAGCAGUGCCCAAUUACAGUAGCCAUAAUCAACACAUGCAAUAUGAAUAA